AUGUCUGUCAAUCGAGUAAAGUGCAGAUGCAACAAGGCGAGCAGCUGAGCAUCGCUAAUGACUUGAGGAUGCUUGUGUUCGCAACUGUAGUUGACAGUGUCAUGUGUCUCUUUUCGGCAGGUAGUGCAGGUUAAUGAGACGCCAAUGAAGUCUAAAGAUGUAUAGUUUUUUAAAGUAGCUACUAAUGAUCUACAUUUUUUUCCAUUAAAAUAGGUGGCUACACAUCGUAUCUGGAAUUUCGAAAAUACGCAUAGGAUGAUUAUUUUCUUCAAAGGACCGAAAUUAGGAAAGUAAAUGUCAGUCAGAAAAUAUAGAUGUGUUUAUUGGCACGAUACUUUAGAUAUAUAAAACAUUUGGUUGUUUCCACCCAAACAUUUAACAACAUUGUUGUUUGUUUGUCUACACUGGCCUUACGCUUAUUCGUUUGCAACGUGACUGUUAAUUAUAUAUCUAAACCUGCACAAUGCAAACGAUACAACAUUGAUUAACAUGGGCUCGACGCGCCGUCACGCGCAAAAGGUGCCAGAAAUGAAGAGAACACAUUUGCUGAUGAGGGGAGCACCGUAGUAAGGAUCUCGGAUGGGCAGAUGAAAACAAGUGGCAAAACCACUCUCUGUCAGAAAUGGCCAAAAACACAUCCCUAUAUUUCCGUAUUGUAGAGGGCAGGAGCCUACCAGCCAAAGACGUCUCUGGGACCAGUGACCCAUAUUGCAUUGUAAAAGUGGACAAUGAAGUUGUGGCCAGGACAGCCACAGUGUGGAAGAAUCUUAACCCUUUCUGGGGAGAAGAAUACACACUGCACCUCCCAACAGGGUUCCACUCGCUCUCCUUCUAUGUCAUGGAUGAGGACACCAUUGGCCAUGAUGAUGUCAUUGGAAAGAUAUUGCUGAGCAAAGACGCCAUCGGGGCCCAGGCUAAAGGGUUGGAUAACUGGCUGAAUCUAACCCGGGUGGACCCAGAUGAGGAAGUGCAGGGGGAGAUCCACCUGGGCCUGGAGCUUCUCAGAGAUGCCAAGAGGAUAGGACUGCGCUGCCAUUUCAUAGAGGCCAGAGACCUGGCGCCAAGAGACAUCUCUGGAACCUCUGACCCCUUUGCCAGAAUCCUCUUCAAUAACCACAGUGCAGAAACUUCGAUCAUUAAGAAGACUCGUUAUCCACACUGGAGUGAGACCCUGGAGCUGGAGCUGGAGGCCUGGGAGCUGACUGAGGGAGGGAAUGUCACAGUGGAAGUCUGGGACUGGGACAUGGUGGGCAAGAAUGACUUCCUGGGAAAGGUGGAAAUCCCUUUUGCUUGCCUGCACAAGACACCUGUGUUGCAGGGUUGGUUUCGUCUGCUGCCCCUGGGAAACCAUGAGGAUGAUGCAGGAGGUAAGCUGGGUGCGCUGCGUCUUAAGGUGCGUCUGGUGGAGGACCGUAUUCUGCCCUCCAUGUACUACCAGCCUCUCAUUGACCUGCUGAUGGAGUCUGUCAUCUCUCCUGCUGAGGUGGAGGACAGCAGCCCUCUGACCAUGCUGGAGGAGGUGACCACGGUUGAGAGCCGGCAGGAUGUGGCCAUGACCCUGGUCAAGAUCUACCUGGGCCAGGGCCUGGUGGUGCCCUUUCUGGACUACCUCAGCACCCGUGAGGUCAACCACACUUUGGAUCCAAACACCUUGUUCCGGUCCAACUCUCUAGCUUCUAAAGCCAUGGACCAGUUCAUGAAGGCUGUGGGGAUGCUGUACCUUCAUGAGGUCCUGAAGCCCAUCAUUAACCGCAUCUUUGAGGAGAAGAAGUACAUUGAGCUGGACCCGUGUAAAAUUGACCUGAACAGAACCAGGCGUAUCUCAUUUAAAGGUGCGGUGUCUGAGGCUGAGGUGAGGGAGAGCAGUGUGGAGAUGCUGCAGGGCUAUCUGUCCAGCGUCGUAGAGUCCAUCGUGGGGUCAGUUGCCCAGUGCCCUCCCGUGAUGAGGGUGGCCUUUAAACAGCUGCACAAGAGGGUGGAGGAGCAGUUCCCUGAGCCAGAGAACGAGGAUGUGAAGUAUCUGGCCAUUAGUGGAUUCUUCUUUCUGCGUUUCUUUGCCCCUGCUAUCCUCACACCCAAGCUAUUCCACUUGAGGGACCAGCAUGCAGAUACACGCACCAGCAGGACACUGUUACUGCUUGCCAAGGCAGUGCAGAGUGUGGGGAAUCUGGGCUUGCAGCUGGGCCAUGGCAAGGAGCUGUGGAUGGAGCCCCUGCAUCCCAUCAUCCUUUGCAGCGUGGCCUCUGUUAAAGACUUCCUGGACAAGCUCAUCGACAUAGACCAAGAUAGUGUGUCUGAGGUGCCCCAGAGGGCUGUGUUCCUGCCCUCAGUGACAGUGAAGGAGGGCUAUCUCCAGAAGCACAAGGCCGAGGGCCCCCAGCUCCUGUCCCGCUUUGCCUUCAAGAAGCGAUACUUCUGGCUGAGCAGUGAGACCCUGUCGUACGCCAAGACUCUGGACCUCUGGCAGAUGCGUUCCUCCAUCCCCAUCCAGUGUGUGUGUGUCGUGGAGAGAGUGGAUGAGAAUGCCUUCCAACAGCAGCAUGUGAUGCAGGUCGUCGCCCAGGACAACGAUGGACAGAUCCACACCAUCUAUAUCCAGUGCAAGAAUGUGAAUGAGUUGAACCAGUGGCUGUCAGCCAUCAGGAAGGCCAGUAUCUACAACGAGCGCAUGCUGCCCUGCUUCCACCCGGGGGCGUACCGCAGUGGGAAGUGGACAUGCUGCCUACAGGCCAACCGCGCUACUUUAGGUUGCAGUCGCACUCACUCUGCAGUGACUCUGGGUGACUGGAGUGACCCACUGGAUCCAGACGCAGAGACUCAGACCAUCUACAAACAGCUUCUUCAGGGAAGAGACAAACUCAGGAAGCAGUAUUUGGAGGCUGAGACGACCCCAGAGGAAGAAAAGAGACUGAACUCUGGGCUGCUGACUGAUGGAGCAGACAGUAGUGGGCAGCUCCUGAAGCACAGGCAGGCUGCAGCGGCUCGGCUGCUGGGGGUGGUUCUGGAUCUGGAGCAGGCCCAUGCCACCUUCCAGCAGAGGGAAAGAGAGGAGGGAGGCAGCCUCAUCCUGACCCCCUAGACGGGGCCUUCCCAGCAGCAUGAGCCCGGGCCUGAGGGGAGAGCAGCUUCCUGCAUCAGUCACAACUGUGUAGGAAAGCUAAGUGAUCGCAGAAGGAAGGCAGUGUCUCCCUUCUCCCUGUCAUAUUGUCUGUUACAUGUGAUAUCAAGAGGAACUUUCUUCUCAUCCAGAUCACUUCUUCAAAAGACAAAAUGUAGAGGAUGCCAAGCCCACUCUGCUACCUUCUUUUCCAUGGACGUUUGACAUCAUACGCAGGUUUUCAGCUGUGGCAGACGGGCAAUAUAGUGACAUAACUGAUUGCUACAGGCCUUGCAUGCAGAUUGACUGCCACAUAUUAACUUCUGCUACUCUCACAAAGCUUGGGCUCUUGUCGAUUGAGCAGGACACAAACUGUUAUGUGGAUCAGAGCUGAAGGAGGGGUUGGACAUAGUGUGUCAUUCGGUGGUACUGCGUUAUUGCAUGACUAUAAUGUAAUGCAUGCCCUGCAUCCAGCGUUUGUGAAAUGUGAAGAAAAUGCUUUUAUAUUCAAUAUUGUCAUACCUUGAAGGAGGACGAUUAUGCAAUCUACUCUAGUUUUAGCUGAAUUUACCUGAAUGUAUGCUAUUUUGAUAUGGCUUUUAUUGAUGUGUUUUACUCUCUAAUUGUAUAUAUUUCAAUUGAGAACCGCCACAAUGUAGCAGUGAGAUUUGGUGUUCAUGUCACUGAGGACAUUGCGCUGUGAGAUGCCUAAGUAAAUGUUAUUAAUACAACGGCACACAUAAUUGCCUGAACAGUCACGUGUUUGCUAUUAGGAUAUUGUUUUCACUGUUGCCAUGGA